GCCUUCUGUACCAUCCAUUUCCAUCUGCGCUUCUCUGCGGCCAUCCUAGUGCAUGGGCUCCUGAUAUCCCUUCCACAGGCUAUGGUCUGGUCGCUGGGGCCUAGUUGGGUCGUCAUUUUCAACUCUCGCAUCCUUUUCGAGAGCAAAGAGUUUCUGGGGGGGGAGGUAGGGAAGCUAGAAAGGCUUAAUCCAAGAUGGUGGCCUCGGCGCCAUUGUGUUCCUUUAGCUCUCGGCUCCUCCGGUGGGCCUCUCGUUUGCUGGAGGCCCUGGCGACAAUGAGAGGCGGCGCUAGGCGUCCUCAGGUCCUGGGCAUUUUGCGGAGGGCGGGGCUCUUCUCACCUCCUCGUUUCUGGGUCUCUCGGCCCGCGGAGGACUAAGGGGAGGAGCCCGCUUCUGGGCCCAGUUGGACUUUCUUACCUGGACUUGCUCACCUUUAUUUGGAGCGCUUUGCAAAUGAUUUCGGGAGAUGUCAUUGUGCGUUUUUUGGAAAGGAGUCUAACCUGAGGAGUAACGCGCGGUGCUGUGAGGCUGCUCGGUAAAGGUUCAGUUGUGCCGAGCGUCGUCCUCUCGGUUAUCUUCUCACUCAUUGUAUGGUGGAGAGAGGGUUUUCCCCAGCAGAACCAUUUCUCGUACCCCCAACCCCCGCCCUUGGCUAAUGACACAGGGAUCUUUAGGCUGCAGCGGAGGCUACGGAGGAGUGGGAGGCUGGUGAGCGGUGGGAGCUCCAACUUUCCUCCCUUGUUUUCACUCACUCUGCGUGACCGCAUCCAGAGGCCCCUCCCCUUCUACCCCUGCCGGCCCAGUUAUGGCAGAGAACGAUGUGGACAAUGAGCUCUUGGACUAUGAAGAUGAUGAGGUGGAGACCGCAGCUGGGGGAGAUGGGACCGAGGCCCCUGCCAAGAAGGAUGUUAAGGGCUCCUACGUCUCCAUCCAUAGCUCUGGCUUUCGGGACUUCCUGCUCAAGCCAGAGUUACUCCGGGCCAUUGUUGACUGUGGCUUUGAGCAUCCAUCAGAAGUUCAGCAUGAGUGCAUCCCUCAGGCCAUUCUGGGAAUGGAUGUCCUGUGCCAGGCCAAGUCAGGCAUGGGAAAAACGGCAGUGUUUGUGCUGGCCACACUGCAGCAGCUGGAGCCAGUUACUGGGCAGGUGUCUGUGCUGGUGAUGUGUCACACUCGGGAGCUGGCUUUUCAAAUCAGCAAGGAGUAUGAGCGCUUCUCUAAAUACAUGCCCAAUGUCAAGGUUGCAGUGUUUUUUGGUGGUCUGUCUAUCAAGAAGGAUGAAGAGGUGCUGAAGAAGAACUGCCCGCAUAUCGUCGUGGGGACCCCUGGCCGCAUCCUAGCCUUGGCUCGAAAUAAGAGCCUGAACCUCAAACACAUUAAACACUUUAUCUUGGACGAAUGUGAUAAGAUGCUCGAACAACUCGACAUGCGUCGGGAUGUCCAGGAAAUUUUUCGCAUGACCCCCCAUGAGAAGCAGGUCAUGAUGUUCAGUGCUACCUUGAGCAAAGAGAUCCGGCCAGUCUGCCGCAAGUUCAUGCAAGACCCAAUGGAGAUCUUCGUGGAUGAUGAGACGAAGCUGACGCUGCAUGGGUUGCAGCAGUACUACGUGAAACUGAAGGACAACGAGAAGAACCGGAAGCUCUUUGACCUUUUGGAUGUUCUUGAGUUCAACCAGGUGGUGAUCUUUGUGAAGUCUGUGCAGCGUUGCAUUGCCCUGGCCCAGCUCCUGGUGGAGCAGAACUUCCCAGCCAUCGCCAUCCACCGUGGGAUGCCCCAGGAGGAGAGGCUUUCUCGGUAUCAGCAGUUUAAAGAUUUUCAACGACGAAUUCUUGUGGCUACCAACCUAUUCGGCCGAGGCAUGGACAUUGAGCGGGUGAACAUUGCCUUUAACUACGACAUGCCUGAGGAUUCCGACACCUACCUGCAUCGGGUGGCCAGAGCAGGCCGGUUUGGCACCAAGGGUUUGGCCAUCACGUUUGUGUCAGAUGAGAAUGAUGCCAAGAUUCUCAACGAUGUGCAGGAUCGCUUUGAGGUCAAUAUUAGUGAGCUGCCGGAUGAGAUAGAUAUCUCCUCCUACAUUGAACAGACACGAUAAAGGACUCAUCUUCCUGUUCUGGAAUGUGACAGUCUGUCCCUCUUCAGGAGAUGACACCAGGCGUGGGGGUGAAGGAGACACUACUGCCACCUACCCCUGACAACCCCUGCCCCGCCCCAUGCCUUCCCUCUGCCCACCCCAUGCCCGCCCUCUUUUGCAUCACCACUUCUAAACUCCUAUUUCCUUAUUUGUCAGAACUUUUUUUAACAAAACUAAAAAACACAUGUGUCUUA